AUGGGCACUUAUACCGGGCUUGACGCGAUUGAAAGACACGGCAUCGACAACCAAGAGUCUGUCGACAGGUCCGGGCGUGCACGUUGCGUCGCCAUUAGACAACAAUACCAGCUACACAAAGACCGGAAGCAACUUAUCCCGGAACAAGAGGAGGAUAAUCGGGACCUCGAAGCUGAAUACGAUAUGAAAAUGCAGCAGGCCCUAGACCACUACAACAAAAAUAUCCGAAGCCUCAAGCUCGAUGUCAACUACAAUGGUAACGUUUUGAAAGCCAAGAAAUUCAAGAAGAAGCUUUUACGUCGAAUGAAAGACCUUCAAAACGAAAGACACCGCAACAAAGCUUGGCUGAGCUUGUGGUAUGACAGGAGAGCAUCUUGCUACAUGAACGUCUUGAGGAAGGAGUGGCUUGAGUGUAGCUACUGUAGCGGUUAUCAUUUUUGGGGAGACGAGGUGUCUCUUAAGACUAAGCCCUGA